ACAGCAGGCAGCAAAGUCCAGCUGCUCUGUGUCUGCUGCUGACUCCACAUCCGUCCUAUUGUUUAUCACGGAGCUCCAGAAUGAACCUUUUCUGCUUCUCUCUGGAGGGCUCCAUGGACAGCCUGUAUGAGGCGGUUCAGGAAUUUGGUGAGACAAAGGUAUACACCAUCCCCAGCAGGUCCAGCAGCCCAGCUGAUCUUCUGGACCAGAACACUCAGUGGAGGAGCUCAGAGGGACGCUCUAUGUCCAUGGACAUUUCACAAAUCAACUCCACUAAUUCCAAAAAGAAGAAAAGAAGGGCUCUCCCAAAGUCUGUUUCUGUCAAUGACGCUUUAGAUAAUACUGUCCACCCUAAUGCCGCCUGGCCGGCCUCCAAAAAACAGGACGAUUCAGUUCGUAUGAAGAACAAUCAGAACCAAGUCCCAGAACAAAUCAGAUCUGUAAAACAAGCUGAAAUCCACACCAAGGACAAUAGAAGCCACCCAAUCAACUCAACGCAGACAGAAAAAGAGCUUCCUGUGCAGAUUGUGCACUAUGAUGGCUGGAACCCACAACAGGACUGGCCUGACAGCAGGCAGUGUGACAUGGUUGCAAGCUCUCAUUCAGAGGUAGCAGACGUGAGAGGAACCAUCAAGAAAGGGCAGAAAUCAGGGAAGCAGGGGAGUCAAAAGAGGACUGCUGGGACUCGAACUCAAGCCAAGACAAAAGCUAACUCCAAAAGCCCAGUGCCAGCAGCGGGUGCUGGAGAUGCAGGCCCAACGCUCCACUUCCAGAACUCCACCUGUCCUGUGAGAACAAGAGGAGGAGAGACAGCACCCUCUAGCCACCAGCGCUGGAGUAACCCUGCAGAUCCUGUCCAGGUCUGGCCUCCAGCCUACCACACCUGCCGCCGACCGCUCACCGAGUACCACGCCCAUUCCCAUGACCUUGGCAUGCACAGCAUGCCAGGAAAAGAUAUGAUCAACAGCCAAACCCUCAAUAGAGUCUCAUCUCCUCAACGAAUGGUCCAUUCCAUCACCAGUGUGGAUCUGUGCGGCACCAAUGCAGGUGGAAGCUUGAGUAGAAAUCAGAUUAGUUCCAGUCGAUCCACCAGUUUCGGAAAGUUUGACGGCUUCAGACAUCACCACUCCCCGACCAGGCUUGAGGAAAAUGGAACAACUGUGGCAGAGGGUGAGUCAGGGACAGAGAACGGUGACAAGCACAGUGGCUUGGGGAAGAAGAUGAAGGCCAUCUCCCUGACUAUGCGCAUGAGAAUUGGCAAAAAACACGGCAAAUCCUGUUCAGAAGACAUGGGUGAUGACACAGACAGAGAAGCAGAGGGGGAAGCAGACGGCAGCUCUGCGGCAGCCAAGACCUCUCACAGAACCAGCAACUCAUUAGAAAGCCUCCACAGUGGACAGAGCUCUUCCAGCUCAGGUGGAGUGACCAGCAGUUCAGAUGUGUCCAGUAACAGAGACAGCCUGAGGCUGGAGGAGGAGGUGCCAUUCACCAGCCAGUUCUGUGGGCGAGCCAGAGUGCAUACAGACUUUGUGCCGAGUCCAUAUGACACAGACUCCCUCAAACUCAAGGUUGGAGACAUUAUCAACAUCAUUAGUAAACCCCCUAUGGGAAUAUGGACCGGCAUGCUGAAAAAUAAAGUGGGAAAUUUCAAGUUCAUCUAUGUGGAUGUGCUGGCUGAGAAAGACGAGGAGGCUCCAAAGAUUAGACCUCAGAGACUGUCAAAAAGACCCCGACCCAAGACCCUGCUGGAGUUACUGGAGAGACUGCAUUUGGAGGAAUACGCUUCUACGCUGCUCCUGAAUGGCUACCAGACAGUGGAUGACCUAAAGCACUUGCAAGAGAAGCAUUUGAUUGAACUGAAUGUGUCUGAUCCAGAGCACAGGCGCAAGCUACUGGCUGCUUCAGAGGUCAUCUACGACAUGGCCAGAGACGACCUGGUGGAGAUGAAGGUCGAAGAGGAGGACGAGGAGGGUAACGACUGUCCUAGAGACUCGGGUUGCUUCAUCCCAGCAGAGUGCGCAGACACUGGCAGAGAGGACAUAGAAAAUCACUCGCCCGCCGUCUAACAUCUGCUUCCUCUGAAACAUGUCGCAAUGAGUAUUGAGCAACACAGACCUACUUAGUCUGCAAAGCUCAAUUAGCCAAUAUCAGUAAAUGUUUAUUAUUAUUAUUAAUAGCACCUAGUUAUAUGCAUAGAACUGUAAAUCUAUAGUUCAUCAUUUCAGGAUAUCUGCUCUCUUUCAUAUUUAUACUUUUUUCUCCCAUUCUGUGAAACGAUGUGUUGUGUGUUACUACAUUCCUACUGUGUGUAUAUAAAUACCCCUUCACCUAAGAUUUAAUAAAUUAUUUAUGUAUGACUGA